AUGUUCGAUACAAACGAUCGUCAAUUGGCAAAAGAGCUGCCAACGCGCCGACAGCGUCGCACAUGCGUCGUCAACGGUUUAUUCGGCGUCGCAACUUUAACCGUCGCGUUAUUUCUGCUGACGCUCUGUCUUCGUUUCGACACGAGCGCGGCGCGCACGGCGGAUGUGCUGAAGGUGGAGCUGUCACAUGGCGGAGUCCUUGUCGGCCGCCAUCGUACCUCGCACAGUGGCCGACACAUGCGCGCCUUUAUGGGCGUGCCGUAUGCGCUACCGCCAGUGGACGAAUUGCGCUUCAAGCCACCGGUACCGUAUGGCGCAUGGGCUGGAGAGAAGCAUGUCAUUAAGGAUUCACCAAUUUGUAUGCAACGUGAUCCUUAUCGUCGUGAUAUGGAAAUCGAAGGUAGUGAGGAUUGUCUAUAUCUAAAUGUGUAUACGCCGGAGGAGCACAAUCAGACUAGUGCCUUGCCUGUCAUGAUCUAUUUUCACGGUGGCGGUUUUCAAUGUGGUUCCGGCGUUAGCAGCUUUUAUGGACCGGAGUUCUUACUCGAUCGCGAUGUUAUUUUGGUAAUCGGCAACUAUCGUGUCGGCCCACUCGGUUUUCUGAGUACUGAAACGCUCGAUUGUCCCGGUAAUUUCGGUUUGAAAGAUCAAGUGGAGAUUUUACGUUGGGUACAAAGAAAUAUCGCAGCUUUUGGUGGAGAUCCACAAAGUGUAACGAUAUUCGGUAAUAGCGCAGGUGGCGCCAGUGUUACAUACCAUAUGCUCUCGAACUCUUCUAAGGGUCUCUUCCACAAGGCCAUUAUACAAUCGGGCACAUACUACAACCCGUGGGCGCAACCACAGUACAAGGGUAUUUCGGCUAGGCGCACACGGCAAGCCGCAAAGUUAGUAGGUUGUGAUGACCAAGCAAAGUGGCCGAAACUCUUGAAGUGCUUGCGUGGCGCAAGCGCCGAAAAAGUAGUUGCUACCGUCUACCAGUUGUUCGAAUGGGACUUUGAUCCCAUGGUGCCAUAUCAACCGGUUGUGGAGCCACCACAUGAGGGUGCGUUUCUCACUAUUCCACCACGCGAAGUUGAAAUACCGCACGGUUUCUCACUACCUAUAAUGAUUGGUGCCACCUCCGAGGAAGGUCUACUUAAGACUGCUCCACUGCUUAACGUGCCUGGUCUUUUAGAUGAUUAUAAACAAAAUUUCGAUUGGAUACUACCAAUUCAACUGCAAUACGAUCACCAUGCACCAGAAGUCCGUGAGGAGAUGACGCGCAAAAUUGUAGAGUUCUACUUCAAAGAUGGGCAUAACUAUGACAAAUACAAUCACCAAAAUAUAACUGAUCUUAUCUCAGAUGGCUGGUUCAUUGCGGGUAUCGAUGAGUACUUACGCCAGCGCGUGCUAGCCGAAAAAUCUGUGAAAAUGCCUCCGUUUUAUGUGUACCUUUUCGAACAUCGCAGUCCAGCAAGUUUCUCUGAGCUCUUCAAAGGCGGCAGAGAGGAUUAUUAUGGUGCUUGUCACGCUGAAGAGCUACAAUACCUAUUCCCUGUAGCUCUAGAGUUAUUUGUGAGUGCGUCACCGACAAAAUCUGAUAGAGAUCUGCGCGAAGCCAUGCUCGAUAUGUGGGUUAAUUUCGCAAAGGAAGGCAACCCUACUCCUGCUAACUCAAAACUCACACACUGGGACCCGGCAACUGGCUAUCCGGUAAACUAUGCCCGCUUGGGUCACAAAACACCCGAGGAGUUCACCAUUCUACAAAUGGAACGUGACAUUUAUGCCGAUCGCGUGAAUUUCUGGCAUAAGCUUAAAGCCCACAUUCCAGCCGAGGAACGCAAGGAAAGUCCAAGAGACGAAUUGUGAAGUAAAAUUUCUACUAAGAAAUAAAUAAUAAUAAUUAAGUGUAAAUAUAGCAGCGAAAAGUCUUCGUAUAAGAUAAUUUCGAAAUCUGUAAAACCAGUAUAACAUAUGUAUGUACAUAUUUUAAUGUAAAUGAGAUUAAUAACUUUUUUUUUUUUUUAAUUUUGUAAAUCAACAGUAAAGUGCGUUAGUUUUUAUAGUGAUAUAUACUCUUUUGGUGUUUUAUUAUAAAUCGUAAAGGGAUUUAUGUAAUAUCCAUGGGGCAUUAAUUAAGGGUUUUAGUCUUCCUUAGUAACGCUACAGGCGAUUGAUAGAGGUUAAUCGAAAUAUACUUCGAAUGCACAUUUUUGAUUUUUUUUUUCUAGAAAAGAAGACCACCAAAUCCUAUAAUUAUUAUGAUUAUGAUUAUGAUUAUUAUGAACUUAAUCAAUAGUUUGGAUAAGUAACUCCUCCUUUAACUAAAAACUUGACACUAUGCUGCUAUUCUCAAAAACUCUGCAUGUCUGUUUCCAUCUGGGAAAUUUGGAUAUUUUUGUAUGUACCCAAAACUAAGCGACUGCUCUAGUAAAUUAUUAGUUAUAGCUAUUUCUUCGCAUAGAAUAACCUAAACAUAACUAAAGCAUUACCUACAAAUAUAGGAAAAUUGACUAAUCUAUUCUGAAAUAUAAACUAAAAAAACUCAAGUAAAAACAAAUACACUGAUAAUUAUAUGCAAAAAAAAAUAAUUUUUAGACAAGAAGUGGAAAAACACAUUGAACGUCAACUUUGAUUGUCCCAGUUACAACCGAUCAAUCAACAUCAACAUUGAAAAUUUUUGUACUUUGAGCUUUUAUAUACCUAUCAGUUUUCUUGACUUGUUAAGAAAAUUUUGUUUUAAAAACCCAACCCAUGACCUGCCUAUAGCAAUUUUAAGUGAAACUUUAUAGUCGAAAUAUCAUAUAUCAGCCAAAACUCAUCCAAAUUGAACUAACCUUUUCAAUCUUAAGUAGGCAAGACAUGGGCGCGAGUUCGGAUUAAAACCACGCCUAAUUCGCAUGUACGAGGUGUGUUCAAAAAGUAUCGCGAAUUUUGAAUUUUCGCGGGUUAC